AUGAGAAGAAUAGCAUAUUUCUAUGCCGCAGACUCUGGAAGCUUCCACUAUGGCGCAGGGCACCCCAUGAAGCCCCACAGAGUCGCAGUAACGCACUCUAUAGUGUUUGCAUACGGGCUGCAGAAGUACAUGGACGUGUUUGCCAUACGGCCUGCAACCAAAGUCGAAAUGCAGGAGUACCACACAGAAGAGUACAUAAACAUGCUUUCUCAGGACUAUCUGGAGAUGCCGUGCGACAGAGUGACAGAAGACUGCCCGUCAUUUGAGGGCAUGGGGGAAAUGUGUGCUUUGUACUCGGGCGGGUCUCUGCAGGCUGCGCGUGCCAUAAAUGAAAAGCAGUACGACAUUUGCAUAAACUGGGCUGGCGGCCUGCACCAUGCAAAGAAGGCCGAGCCGAGCGGGUUCUGCUACGCAAACGACAUAGUUCUGGCGAUACAGGAGCUCCUCAAGAAGCACCGGAGAGUGAUGUACAUAGACAUAGACAUACACCACGGAGACGGCGUGGAGGAGGCGUUCUACCACACUGACAGAGUGAUGACAGUGUCUUUCCACAAGUACGGGGACCGGUACUUCCCAGGGACAGGCAACAUAUGCUGCACAGGGCGCGGGAAAGGGAAGGGCGCGAGCGUGAACGUGCCCCUGGACUUUGGCAUUGACGACGAGUCGUACCACUAUGUGUUUAAGCACGUGGUGAAGAUGUGCGUGGACUCUUUUGUGCCCGAGGCGAUUGUCAUGCAGUGCGGGUCUGACUCGCUGGCUGCGGACAGGAUAGGGUGCUUCGGGCUAAGCAUCAAGGGGCACGGCGAGUGUGUCCGGUUUGUUAGAGACCUGAAAAUUCCCUUGCUGGUGCUUGGCGGGGGCGGGUACAAGCCCAAGCAUGUUUCCAGAUGCUGGGCAUACGAGACGUCGAUACUGUGCAACGUGGACGUGCCAAAUGCAAUCCCGAAGAACCCGCACUCUGACUACUUGGGAGAAAACGCAGUUCUGCACAUAGACCUGCAGUGCGAGUACACGAACAAAAAUGUGCGGGACAACCUGGACAGAAUUAUAUCAAUAGUGCACGAGAUACUAACAGAGCGAUAG